AUGCCUUUAUUCUCGGCUCCCCAGGCUUUGCGCCUGCGCAGCCCUCCAACUUACUCCUCGGAUUUCGUCGCCAUGGCCUCUCAGUCCUACGAGUACGGCGACAAUGGCAUGUUCAGUGUCUUCAAGAGCAACACGCACAGCUCGCAUCCUGACUUCGCCAACCUCACCCUCCUUGUCUUCGAGGCCGUAAUGGAAGUUGUCUGCGUCAGCGCGCCUGGAUACAUUGUCGCGCGAAUGGGCCAAUUCGACGCGGAAAGUCAGAAGUUCCUCGCCAACCUCAACACGCAGCUGUUUACGCCCUGCCUCAUCUUUACCAAACUCGCAUCACAAUUGACGGCCGAGAAGCUGGCUGAUCUGGCCGUCAUUCCCGUAAUCUUCAUCGUUCAAACACUCAUAUCCUACCUCGCCGCGCUUAUCGUAUCGAAAGUAUGCAGGUUUAACAAACGAGCCUCCAACUUUGUUGUCGCCAUGGCGGUCUUCGGAAACUCGAACUCGCUCCCAAUCUCCCUCGUUAUCUCCCUCUCCAAAACACUGUCGGGUCUGCACUGGGACAAAGUUCCAGGCGACAACGACAACGAUGUCGGCGCGCGCGGUAUCCUCUACCUUCUCAUCUUCCAACAACUUGGCCAGCUCGUGCGAUGGACGUGGGGCUUCAACGUGCUUCUCGCGCCCGCCAGUGCCUACAAAGACGAAGAUGGCGGCAAGAACAGCGCCAUCGAGAACGGAGAGUACAGCGAUGACGAGGCGCAACGCCUUCUCGAUGACUCGCACUCCGACUACGAAUCUGGCAACGUCACCAGCUACGCUACUUCCGCUGACUCCGACGAGUCCGACUCAGACUCCCUGUUCAACCGUGACGCUCAGGCAGAGACCGACUUCAUCACGCCCACCAACGGCAACGCAACCGUUCCGGGUCAGGGUGACAUGAGCGGGAACAGCAACGGUUAUGCCAACGGUCAUCUCAACGGUGUCCUUGAGGCACACAAGAAGAAGCAGAAUGCUCCCAAAGGCAUCAAGGGAAUGCCAAAGCGAGCGGGCAUGGCACUGAAGCGCUCUGCAAGUACCGUUUCUGUCUCCACAACCCGCGCUGGAAACAGAGUCUUCAAUGCCCUUCCUACAUGGCUCCAGGGACCUCUUGCCAAGAUUGGCCAUGUCUUGUCAAGGUUCUUCAAGGGCGUCUGGGACUUUAUGAACCCUCCCCUCUGGGCUAUGCUGAUCGCCAUCCUUGUCGCCUCUAUUCCUCCGCUACAACACCUCUUCUUCGACCCAGGAACAUUUGUCAGCAACUCCGUCACGCGCGCUGUCAACCAGAGCGGACAAGUCGCCGUCCCACUCAUCUUGGUCGUCUUAGGCGCCAACCUUGCCCGCAACACCCUUCCCAAGGAGGACCAGCACUCGAUGGAAGACCCAAGUGUUGAGAAGAAGCUUGUCAUUGCCUCCCUCGUCAGUCGCAUGCUUAUCCCGACGCUUCUCAUGGCACCUAUGCUUGCUUUAACCGCCAAGUAUGUGCCUGUCAGUAUUCUCGACGACCCGAUCUUCAUCAUUGUUUGCUUCCUACUCAGCGGUGCACCGAGUGCGCUGCAGCUGGCACAGAUCUGCCAGAUCAACAACGUGUACAUGGGUGCCAUGUCAAGGAUUCUGUUCCAGAGCUACGUUUCGCGGCCCAGCGUCCCCCACCGAAGCGACUCGUCUGCCCUCUCGCACAACGCUACUCCAGUGGAUGGCGCGUCGCCGCGUUCUACCAAAAUUGUGUCCUUUCCCGACGAUACUGCCAUCUCUCCACUGAUGAUUGGGAAGAACAAGGAACUCGACCAGAGGGAUUACUUGGAUCUUGAUAGGCCCGCAAAGCACUACCCCGCAAGUGUUAGUAAAAAGAAACUAUCUGGUCGGCCCUCAGUCGAGCGUCUGUCAUCAUCCACCAGGGGUGUACCAGCUGAGGGUAACCCGUCUUUAUCCUCCUUGCUUUCUGAUAGCUCAACCGAUGCUACCCAUGGACAGCACGCACACGAGAACCUGUUGAAGCAGGUAGGCACAUGGCUCAAGCACGAACGAAGCCGACGUCAUGUGCGAAGGGCAAAACGCAAAGCCGCCAAGGAGGGCGCUGUUCAGGAAAAGUCAUCGACUGUACCUGACGAGACAACUGAAGAGCCUAUCCCGCUUACUAGGACCAGCUCUUCGUCGUCCCACGGUGAGGACUCUCUCGACCAACUGGCACACAUCCUCGAGAAGACCUUAGCUAUGAAGCCAGCCGAUGCUAAGAAGAGGAUGCAACACUUCCGUAGGUCCUCCACGGGCUUGAAGCGACACUCUGCCAUCUCCCUCGACACGGACUAUUUCGAGUCUGUAGACCAGCUGGUCCCGAGUUGCGAGGCCAUCUUAGAUAAUUCGAAGACUAUGGCAUACAACGUGGAUGAAGCAGAUAGCGAGUCGGCCCCAAAACUAUCUGACAAAGAAGCACGCAAGGAGAGAGAGGCGUGGACCAAGUUCCGAGCUGAGAUUCUCCGUCUAGCUCAUACUCUGAAGCUCAAGGGAUGGCGCAAGGUAUCUAUGGAGCAGAGCAAUGAGAUUGAUGUUCAGAGGCUGAGUGGCGCACUGACAAACGCUGUCUACGUUGUCUCUCCCCCCAAGAAUCUACAACUUCAAGAGCAGGGAGAAGACGGCCAGCCGAGGCCGAAGAAUCCUCCUCCCAAGCUUUUGCUACGUAUCUACGGUCCCCAAGUAGAGCAUCUGAUCGAUCGAGAGUCUGAACUACAGAUUCUUACACGCCUCGCUCGCAAGCGUAUUGGUCCACGUCUGCUUGGUACCUUCACCAAUGGCCGCUUCGAAGAGUUCCUCCAUGCAAAGCCGUUGACCGCGAAGGAACUGCGUAACGCAGAGACUUCAAAGCAGAUUGCAAAGCGCAUGCGAGAGCUACACGAGGGCAUUGACCUUCUCAAAGAAGAGCGAGAAGCUGGCCCGUUCGUAUGGCAAAACUGGGAUAAGUGGGUUGACCGUUGUGAGCAGAUAGUCACCUGGCUGGAUGAUCAGGUUCGCGAGAGCAAGCAAGACCCUGCGCAAGCCCCUGGCGACAAGUGGAAAAAGCGAGGUUACGUAUGUGGUAUGGAGUGGCCAGUAUUCAGGCAGAUGGUUGAGAAAUAUCGCAGGUGGGUGGAGGAACAGUACGGUGGUGCAGACAAGAUUAACGAGCGCAUGAUCUUUGCCCAUAACGACACCCAGUAUGGCAACAUCCUGCGCAUGGUUCCAGAGGGUGAGUCGCCCCUACUACUUCCAGCGAACCAGCACAAGCAGCUUGUGGUUAUCGAUUUCGAGUACGCAAACGCGAACCUUCCUGGUCUCGAGUUUGCCAACCACUUCACCGAAUGGACAUACAACUACCACGACGCCGAAGUACCGUGGAGAUGUAACACCAAGUACUACCCAACCGUCGAGGAACAGCACCGCUUCAUCCGAGCAUACCUGAUGCACAAUCCCUCAUACAAAGCAGCUGGAGGCUACACAUCCAACCCCGCUACCCCCCACCUAGGCCCCCUACCAUCUUCAGGAAGUACAACCGCCCUAGCAGCAACCGCAGCCCCCAGCAACAUCUCCGCCUUCAUGCUCGACUCGCGCGCCCCACCCGGCUCCCAGUACCAAGAGCAAGAAGCAGCCGCAGAACGCCAAAUCGAAGAAGAAACCCGCCGCCUCCUCGCAGAGACUAAACUCUGGCGCCUCGCCAACUCAGCCAUGUGGGUAGCUUGGGGCAUAGUGCAAGCCCACGUCCCCGGUCUCCCCGACUUCGACGCUUUGGAUAAACAAGCAAAUGCAGAUGCAUUUUCCGCCAAUCCCAGCGGCUCAGCAGCAGAGCUCGACAGCGCCACAGCAGAGAUACGUGCCGAGGCGGGGGCCGAAGAAGGAUCAGAAGAGAAGACGGGGGCAGGGAUCGUGAGUAGUGAGAAUAUGACGGUGGAGGAACGGGCUGCUGCACUUGAAGGACAAAAUAAAUCACAAGCGGAACAGGAUGCUGACCUUUUCAAACCACAGGAUGAAGAGGAGUUUGAUUACUUGGCGUAUGCUAAUGAUCGCGCGAUGUUUGUUUGGGGCGAUGCGAUGAGGAUGGGUAUUGUGGCGCCGGAGGAGGUGCCCGAGGAGUUGAGGAGUAGGGCUAAGGUUGUGGAGUACUAG